AUGAACGACACAUAUCAUCCAGCCGGGAAAAGACCAACAACCGCAUCGACUAGCAAAAUUCAAUUGGCCAAUCUGACCACGAAGACGGGCUUCAAGUUUCCCUCCAUCUUCUCAUUUCCCCCGUUCUUCACAAAGCAGCCGAACCAGCAAACAUGGGCCCAUCAAGCUUCUCUCUGGCAACAGAUUAUCCUGUCGUACUGCAAAUACCAUCGAGUUUUCAAGCUCGACAUCUCUGGCGCAUCGACAGUGUUUCUGGAGGAAUCUGAAAUGUUCAGUAAUCCACUGAUUUCGAGUACGGCAGAGUACUACCCGACGCGGCCGUCGAACCCCACCAAGCUGAAUCAGGGCAUGAGCACGCCGAUGGCGACGAAGACGUAUAUACUAAUACACUAUGAUUCACCAACGACGUGGGCCGAUCGGAUCUACGAAUAUAUCAGCUCGAACGGGCUGACAAAUUCGGUGAUGACACUCCACGAGCUCACUAGCCCCGACCACCAGCCUUCGGACCAACCCCUCGUCGGCCUCGACCCAAUCAUCCUCCGUAAGGCCCUAGGCAUCUUGGUCAAGGGGGGAAAGGCUAAACUGUUCAAAGGAUCUAUCGAUGGCGUCGCCGGUGAUGGCGAUGGAGUCAAGUUCUUUUGA